GGAGUUCUCUCUCCUCGCUGUGAGCGUCGACAGGCGGUCUCCUCCGCUCGGCAUGGUUUGGAGCGGACCUGCGCGCUCGCUCCACGGACAUUUAACGCGGCAUGGAGUUGACAUAAGACUCGACAAAGCAAGUUCCGUUUGGUCUGAAAACAAAGUUAGUCCCUCUCAGCGUCGCUUCAGCCAGCAGUUUUCAUGUGUUUUAUCUGUUUGCGCUCUGCGGGCGCAUUUUUUCUCUGUUUCGGCGUGAUUUACGCGGCGGAUGCGGCUUUUGCGCUCGACGCGCGCGUGCUCCGCAGGAUCAGUCUGUCGUAGGGAAUCAUGAUUUCUCGGGUUUUUCUGAAAUCCACGAGGAAUACCUCCCCUGACAUGCUGCUUCUGGUGCCCGUGCUGUCGUUCCUGUCCCUGACUGGAGCGGCUCCCUCUCUGACCACGGAGCAGCUGGACAUGGGGGUGGACUGGCUCAGUAAGUUCGGCUACCUCCCGCCGGCUGACCCGGUGACCGGUCAGCUUCAGACCAAAGAGGCCCUGACCAAGGCGAUCAAAGCCAUGCAGAAGUUUGGAGGACUAAAGGAAACUGGAGUUUUCGACCAAGCCACUCUAGGCCUAAUGAAAACACCCAGAUGUUCAUUGCCAGAUGUGCCUCAAGUGGAGGCAACACUCGGGCGCAAAAGAAGAAGUGUGACUCCACAGAACAAAUGGAAUAAGCGGCAUCUCACGUGGAGAGUGAGGACCUUCCCCAAAGACUCGGCUCUGUUGGGCAGAGACACCGUCCGAGCGCUCAUGUACUACGCCCUGAAAGUCUGGAGCGACAUCGCCCCUCUGAACUUCCACGAGGUGGCCGGAAACGACGCGGACAUUCAGAUCGACUUCACCAAAGCCGACCACAACGACGGAUACCCCUUUGACGGUCCGGGAGGAACGGUGGCACACGCCUUCUUCCCCGGAGAGAGGUUCACAGCGGGAGAUACACACUUUGACGACGACGAGGCGUGGACGUUCAGAUCACCAGACUCUCACGGGAUGGAUCUGUUCGCAGUGGCAGUCCACGAGUUCGGUCACGCCAUCGGCCUCGUGCACACCUCCGCCAUGGAGUCCAUCAUGAGACCCUAUUACCAGGGUCCAGUGGGAGACCCUCUGAAAUAUGACCUGCCCUACGAGGACAAAGUGCGAGUCUGGCAGCUCUACGGAGUGAGAGACACGGUGUCCCACACAAACCAGCCGGGCAACCCCUCGCAGACAGCUGAGCCUCCUGUCCUGCUGGACCUUCCGGAAAACAAAUCCACUCUUCUGCUGACAGGAGACGUUCCAGACAGAUGCACCAGUCACUUUGAUGCCGUGGCCCAGAUUCGAGGGGAGGCCUUCUUUUUCAAAGGGAAGUAUUUCUGGAGACUAACAAGAGAAAAGCACCUGGUAUCUCUGCGUCCUGCUCAGAUCCACCGCUUCUGGAGAGGCCUCCCUACCAACCUUGACAGCGUGGAUGCCGUCUACGAGAGGCCCGGAGACCACAAAAUUGUAUUUUUCAAAGGUCUGAAGUACUGGGUAUUUAAAGACAAUAUCGUGGAGGAGGGUUAUCCUCGACCAAUCAGUGACUUUGGUCUUCCCGUGGAGGCUGUGGAUGCUGCCUUUGUUUGGCUCCACAAUGACAAAACGUACUUCUUUAAGGACAACCGCUUCUGGCGCUAUGACGACCACCUGAGACGUAUGGACCUGGGCUACCCCAAAGACAGCAUCCUCUGGAAAGGACUGCCAUCUGAACUGGAUGACGCCAUGAGGUGGUCUGACGGUUCAUCCUAUUUCUUCAAGGGGAAGGAGUACUGGCAGGUGCCGGGCAGCAACAUGGAGGUGGAGGCUGGUUCCCCCCGCCUGAUCGCAAAGGACUGGCUGUUCUGCACGGAGAUGCAGUCGGACUCUCCGGACACAGAGGCCAAAAGCACCGAGACCAGGGUCAACGUGCACCGCCACCCCGACCACGCAGAGAAUGGGUUCGAGGUGUGCUCCUGCACCUCCGACACCGCCUCGCCUAUAUGCCCCUCCCCAAGCCCGAUGUGGCUGCUGCCCCCCCUGUGGACGCUCCUGCGGAGCCUCGGCUCCGAUCUGCUAUGAUGCUGAAACUCAGGACUAAGAGCCCCAGCAGCUGGAAAAUGUUAAUACUAUUAUACUCUUUUGGAUUUUAUUUUCUUUUUUCACUGUUAUUUAUUAAAGGUGUCGGUUUUUGGGGACACCGCCAACAUUUAUAUGAGCGCCAUCCAACUUUUAAUGCUUUAAAAAUGUUUCAUUGAGUCAUCAAAAUGCCACACGUCCACAAGUUAAGACUUUAUGGAGUAGAAGCGCGUUCCCAAAGCGCUUCAUUGGGUUUCUUUGUUCUCCGGGUGCAGCAAAGCCUCACUAACACUAAUUUAACUCAUUGUGAGCCAGAAAAAGAAACUUUUUGGCACUAAAGCUUUUAUUGUUUAUGUCCUAUUUACUUAAAUUGAAAUAGCAAAGAAUCACACUUUUAAACAUACUACAUUUUCCGCAGUGUAGGGCACGCCGGAUUUUAAGGCGCAGCAUUAAUGAGCUAUUGUCAUAUAUAUGAACUUGUGUCAUAUAUAAGAUGCACCAAACUAUAAGGCGUAUUGAGCGAGAAGAGUCAGAGAUUAGUCGAUCAAUCAGACUUUAUUAACUCUAGAAUGUAUUUGUAAUACACAACCUGUUAGCCACGUUAACAUGUUCACAAUAUUGGUAACUCCCAAUUUGGUUUGCAACUCGUAGAGGAGACUGAUACCACUAAAAAAAAACGUUACUGUGACUACGCUAACUCCCAACCUUGAUGGUGACAAAAAACACAGUACAGUGGGGCAAAAAAGUAUUAA